GAAGUAGAAGUGUAACGGUACCGAUUAGGUCAACCAAGUGGGCGUAAACGACUUUUUCUUGAGAAGUUUCUGCUGGUGAACAGAAAAUGGCCGAGAAGCGAAGUCCAGAAACUCUGCUUUUCUAUGUCAACGGGAAGAAGAUUCUGGAAGAGAAUGUCGACCCAGAAACUAUGCUGGUCUUCUACCUCCGGGAAAAACUCCAGUUGACCGGCACUAAGCACAGCUGCGGAGGAGGUGGGUGUGGAGCCUGCACUGUGAUGGUGUCCCGCUACCAACCUCGGACAAAGACCAUCACACAUUUUUCCGCCAAUGCAUGCCUGUUGUCCGUCUGCCAGCUUCACCUGGCCGCGGUGACCACCACGGAAGGUCUCGGCAGCUGCAGGACCAGGAUCCAUGCAGUGCAGGAGCGCAUAGCGAAGGCCCAUGGCUCCCAAUGUGGCUUCUGUACCCCAGGGAUGGUGAUGUCCAUGUACGCACUGCUGAGGACUCGGCCCCAGCCCUCUUUGGAUGACAUCACAGAGGCCCUUGGGGGUAACCUGUGUCGUUGCACUGGGUACCGUCCCAUCAUUGAUGGCUUCAGGACAUUUUGUAGGGCUUCUGACUGCUGUCAGGCCAACAGCAUGGAGGGAUGUUCUGCAAAUGGACAACCUGCAAAUGGCAAAAAUGGUGCUCCUGAGUUGUUCUGCAAGGAUGACUUUAGACCUCUAGACCCUACGCAGGAGCUGAUCUUCCCUCCAGAGCUUAUCCUCAUUGCCGAGUCCCAGCGGCCAGUCACGCAGACUUUUCAAGGGGAGCAGACCACCUGGGUGUCCCCUGUAUCCCUGGAUGAGCUGGUCCAGCUCAAAGGCAAAUACCCCGAGGCCCCACUUGUCUUGGGGAACACUAAUGUCGGUCCAAGCAUGAAAUUUAAAGGCUCUCGGCACCCUGUGAUCAUCUGCCCUACCAGAGUCUCAGAGCUCUACGACAUCACUCACACCCCACAGGGCGUGUGGGUGGGGGCCGGCUGCACCCUGUCUGCUGUGAAGGCCCUGCUGGAGAAGCUGGUGCUGGAGCUCCCCUUGGAGCAGGUGGAGACCUUCUCAGCCUUGGUCCAACAGCUGGGCCAUCUGGGAAGCUGGCAGAUCCGUAACGUGGCUUCCCUAGGAGGCAAUAUUGUCCUCGCCUAUCCAAACUCUGACUUGAACCCUCUACUAUGUGCUGGAAGAUGUGUCCUCAGGAUUAUCUCACAAGGGGGCGAAAGGGAAAUUCAGAUGAAUGAAAACUUCUUCACUGGGUUUGGAAAAACUCUGCUGAAUCCAGAAGAUGUCGUUUUGUCGGUUUUCAUACCAGUUUCCGAAAAGGGAGAGUUUGUGAGGGCCUUUCGGCAAGCACCACGGAAAGAGAACGCCCUGGCAACUGUUACCGCAGGGAUGCGGGUGAAGUUCAGGCCGGGCACCUGUAUGGUGGAGGACCUAAGCGUCUUCUACGGGGGUGUUGGGCCUUGCACUGUGGCCACCACAAAAACCUGUCAGCACAUCAUUGGCAGGCCCUGGAAUGAGGAGACCUUGAACGAUGCCUACACAGUACUCCUGGAGGAGAUCUCCCUCCCGCCCUCUGCUCCAGGGGGGAAGGUGGAGUUUCGAAGAGCUCUCACUCUCAGCUUCCUCUUCAAGUUCAACCUCCAUGUGCUUCAGAAGCUCAGAGAGAUGGACAUCAUCCUGGAAGAUGUACCAGGGGAAAUUGUCAGUGCCAUACAGGGUCUGCCUGAACAGCUACAGCCCUGUGUCCAGGAAUUCCAGGAAGUACCUCAGGACCAGCCCAGUGUGGACCCUGUGGGACGGCCCCUCAUGCACCGGUCAGCCAUUAACCAAGCCACAGGUGAAGCAGUGUAUUGUGAUGACAUCGCCAAGGUGAAGGGAGAGCUGUUCAUGGUCAUCGUUACAAGCAAGAGGGCCCGUGCAAACAUCAUUAAAAUAGAUGACAGUGAAGCUCUUAAACUCCCAGGGGUGGUUGAUGUGAUCACUGCCAGAGACAUCCCCGGCAAGAAAUUCCAGUGCUUCACUGGCAUGGAAGAGGAAGUGCUGGCUAUCAGCGAGGUGACCUGUGUAGGUCAGAUGGUGUGUGCCGUGGUUGCAGAUACUAAGGAGCAUGCCAAGCAGGGGGCCGCAGCCGUGAAGGUGGACUACGAGGACAUACCAGGCCCAGUGUUCACUAUCGAGGAAGCCAUUGAGAAGCGUUCAUUCUUUGAGCCUCAGAGGAUGAUCGAAAGAGGCAACGUUACAGAAGCGUUUGAAAAGACCGACCAAGUAUUUGAAGGAGAGAUCCACUUAGGGGGACAGGAGCAUUUCUAUAUGGAGACCCAGAGUAUGAUUGUAGUUCCAUCAGGAGAAGAGAAAGAGCUGAAAGUCUACUUGUCCUCUCAACAUCCAACAUACACCCAGGAAUCCAUCGCAGAAACGCUGGGCAUCCCGUCUAACCGCGUUUCCUGUCACGUGAAACGAAUCGGCGGGGCAUUCGGUGGCAAAGUCACAAAGACAGCCAUCAUGGCAUCCAUCACGGCGGUGGCUGCAUGGAAGACGGGAAGGGCAGUGCGCUGUGUGCUCGAGCGAGGGGACGACAUGCUGAUCACGGGGGCUCGCCAUCCUGUGCUGGGCAAGUACAAGGUGGGCUUCAUGAAUGAUGGGAAGAUCAUCGCAGCUGAUUUGCAGUACUACAGUAACGCAGGACACACAGCAGAUGAGUCCAUCCCUGUGAUUGAAAAGAUAAUCCUGCACAUGGACAGUGUUUACAAUAUCCCCAAUCUGCGUGGUUGGGGCAUGGCUUGCAAGACCAACCUGCCUUCCAACACGGCAUUCCGGGGCUUCGGCGUGCCGCAGUCCCUGCUGGUCAUGGAGAACAUGGUCAACGACGUCGCCAUGAAGUUAGGCCGCAGAGCUGAAGAAAUACGAGAGAAGAACAUGUACAAGGGACAGUCUCUUACUCACUACAAGAUGGAGUUUGACCCCCAAAAUCUGCAUCGCUGUUGGGAUGAGUGUUUGGAAAAGGCCACCUACCACAGCCGGCGUGCCGCCAUCGCCAAAUUCAACGAGGGUAGCCGCUACAAAAAGAAGGGCUUGGCCAUCAUCCCCAUAAAGUAUGGUAUCGCCUUUACAGAGGGAUUUCUCAACCAGGCCGCUGCUCUGGUCCACGUCUACAAGGAUGGCUCCGUUUUGCUGAGUCACGGAGGAACAGAAAUGGGCCAGGGCCUUCACACUAAGAUGCAGCAGGUGGCAAGCCGGGAGCUCGGGAUUCCAACGUCUUCGAUCCACAUAUCUGAGACCAGCACCAACACAGUGCCCAAUACAUGCCCCUCCGCUGCCUCAUUUGGCACUGAUGCCAAUGGCAUGGCUGUCAAGGAGGCCUGUCAGAAACUUCGCCAAAGACUUGAGCCCAUCAUUAAAGAGAACCCAAAAGGCACCUGGUCCAGCUGGAUCAUGGAAGCUUUCCUUCAGAGGAUCAGUCUCUCAGCUACUGGAUUCUACAGGGGUCACGACCUCUACAUGAACUGGGAGAAGCAAGAGGGGCAGCCGUAUGCCUAUUUUGUCUACGGAGUCUGCUGCAGCGAGGUGGAGGUGGACUGCCUCACCGGAGAUUACCGGACCAUAAGGACAGACAUUGUCGUGGAUUUGGGAAAAAGUAUCAACCCCUCUAUUGACAUCGGCCAGAUGGAGGGCGCCUUCACCCAAGGCCUGGGUCUCUUCACCAUGGAGGAGCUCAAGUUCUCCCCCUCUGGGGUACUCUACACCCGGGGACCCUCCCAAUACAAGAUCCCUGCGCUGUGUGACAUGCCCCUGCAGCUUAACAUCCACCUGCUGGCCGGCACAGAAAACGCACAUGCCAUCUACUCCUCCAAGGGUAUUGGUGAGCCCGUGCUUUUCCUGGGAAGCUCUGUGUUCUUCGCCAUCAAAGACGCUGUGGCAGCUUCACGGCAGGAGGCAGGACUUAGCGGGCCCUUUCGGCUAGACAGUCCCACCACCCCGGACAGGACAUGUCUGGCAUGCGCUACCCGCUUUGCUCAGAUGGUGCCACCCAGUGACCCGGAAUCUUCGCAGCCCUGGGCAAUUAACGUGUGACAAGCCCCAUGGGUCCCCAACAAAGAAGAAAAUGUGAUAACGCUCCACAAUCACUGCUGAUUAACAUGAAAAUGGCAUGGUCUUAAAAAUCCCAAAUCAGAGGUGCAUUGGUAAAGUGUUUUAAUGAAAACUAACCAGUUAAAGAUUCAUAUAAAGAUCAGUAUGAAACCACUUAACAAUAAUAUACACAUCUGUCAAUA